CAAAAAUUUUAGCCGCGAACCAUGAAACAACAAGACGGUGCCGUUUUUUUUUGAGAAUUCAGAGAAUUCCGUUGAUAUCUCAAAAAAAUAUCUAUAUUUUCCGCUGAAAAAAUACCACCUAAAAUAUCGUCAAUCACUCUCAAACUUUCGCAAAUUUACGGUUACUGAGGUGCAGUCGUCGGCGAAAAAAAUUGAAAACUGCAUUUAAACCAAACGAAAUCAGUCGGGCCUUUCGACAAACAAUUUUCGUCGUUCGGAGCGAGCCAGUUUAGGCGGAAAAAUCAGAGCCAAGAUUGGUGGUUGCCAACGUUACGCACGCGUACAAUACCUUUGCGAGACCACAAAAAAAACACCUAUACGAAGCGAAGAGUAAAGAAAUGCCUCUAACCUGAGUGAAAGUGCUGCAGUUAACAAUAUUUUUUUUUGUUUUUGUAUAUUUUGUGCAACACCAACAAAAACAGCAACGACUACUUGUUCUACCUGUAGCAGUCGUAUCAAAAAUCUAUCCACCGCCGUCCACCCUAAAUCCAUCUGUUGCGCGCUGCUGCUCUGCGGUUCUCGUGUGUGUGCGUGUGCGUCUUUUUGCAUGUGUGUGUCAACGUUUGUGCAAAAAUUUGUUUCUUUUCUUUAAUGAAAUUAAUGUCUUAUUAACGGGUCUGCUGCUGUCACUGCCACUGCUGCUCCAAUUGGAUACCAACAUAUUUAAACAGCUCUUCCACACUCAAGAUGGCGCCCAUGCCGCGCAUUCAGCUGCCCAACAGCCCCAAUGCGGCCAUCAAAGCCAACACAAACAGUUUUCUCUAUGCGGAAACCAUGUCCGGCGACAGCAGCCCCACGCCCAGCAGUCCGCCCUCCAGCACAGCGGGCGUUGCCAAAUCUCAGUGUUCGUCCUUAUCCGAUGGCGAGUCCUUCGAGGGCUAUGGCGAGAACGAGUUUCCCGCCCAACUAAGGGAAGGACGGAAUGGCUCCAAUUCGAGCAACAACAACAACAACAACAACAGCAUCAGCAACAACAACAACAACAACAACAGUAGCAACAACCACGUCAAUGGCAACAACAAUCUCAGCGUGGGAAGCUCCAAUCACAGUGGACACUCGAACGAUGGGAACAACAAUCUGAACGCCAGCGUUGGCAUCGAACUCGAUCUGGCCCCGCAUGCGGGCUCAUCCACGCCCCAAGACGAUGACGAACUGAACAUUAUGCCCCGAGACAAUUGGGCCAGACGCAGUCUGAGACGCACACCGACAAGCAAUCCCGAUAGCUUAUCGCAGCGUCGUUGGGGCUCCAUGAGACAUUCUGGCCGCAGACAGAUUAGCACCAAUGCCUUAGCCAGCCAACUCUAUAGAUCAUCGAGCUUUAACUCCUCGGGCCGUAGCUCCAACUGUGAUACAACCGAAGACAUGUACAGCGAUAUAAGCUUGGAGAAUCGCCAUGACUACGAUUAUAGGCUGGAGCUGCUGCAGCGCAAGGUUGAUGAUCUGUCGGAUACACAGAAUAUAGCCGAGGAUCGAACGACACGCACCAAGACCGAAUAUGCAGUGCUCCAGGCGCGAUAUCACAUGCUGGAAGAGCAGUUCCGAGAGUCGGAGCUGCGCGCCGAGGAACGCCUGGCCGAGGAGCAGAAGCGCCACCGCGAGAUCCUGGCCCGCGUGGAGCGCGAAGCCUCGCUGCAGAACGAGAACUGCCAGAUGAAAAUCAGAGCCACCGAGAUCGAGGCCAACGCCCUGCGCGACGAGGCGCAGCGCCUGCGUGUGCAGUGCGAUAAGCAGGCCAACGAUUUGCAUCGCACGGAGGAGCAGCUGGAGCUGGCACGCGAUCAGAUCGCCGUCCUCCAGCAGGAGUACGAAGAGCAGCAGCAGACACUGCGCAAACAGGAGAUGGAGAAGAAGUCCGCGGAGGAGCUGAUGCUGGAGCUGAGCGGGGAGCUGCAGCGGGCGCGGGAGGAGAACGGGGCGAGGGCCAUGCCCACCACAUCGCCGGAGAGCAUAAGACUGGAGGAGCUGCACCAAGAGCUCGAGGAGAUGCGCCAAAAGAAUCGAUCACUCGAAGAGCAAAACGAGGAGCUGCAGGCCACCAUGCUCACCAACCAGGUCACCAUGCUGAGCACCGGUGUGGAGCAGGGCCGCCAUCUGCUCAACGGUACACUGGGCAGCCUGGCCCAGGAGCUGGAGGAGAUGUCACAAGCGCAGGAGUCUGUGGAUUCAGCCACAUUAGCAUCCUUAAGUCAGCUGCAACAGGCCUUCCAGGAAAAGGAUGACGAGAAUGUCCGGCUCAAGCACUAUAUUGAUACCAUACUACUCAACAUUGUGGAGAACUAUCCCCAGCUACUGGAAGUCAAGCCCAUGGAGCGCAAGUAAAGCCGAAAACGAAAUAGAACCAGAAGCAGAAACGUAACCUGAAGAAGAACCACAACCAGAAGACACUGGCGGCCGUGUCGCAACCACCUAACAAUAAACACCAACUAAAAUGAACAACUAAACUAAAUAAAACAAAAUUGUACUUUACGUUCAUAUUUUAAGCUCUAAUCUAUUUAGAUAUUUAUACCUAAUUUAAGGCACUAAUUUAUUUUGUAACAAUUUAUUGUAGACUAGAUUUUUAAACCAAAACAACACAGUAGCAUCUUCCUUAAAAGGAAUACCAUUAGGAGGAAAAAAAACUGUAUCCCUGAAAGCAAAAAUCCUUAAAUUUUUAAUAUGCAUGGAAAUUUGUGUUGUUUUUUUUUUUUUUUUUUUUUUUUACACGCUUUAAAUAGGCGGAAAACAAGUCAGAACAAGUUUUGUCGAAGUUUCUAUGUGUGUAUUUUCAGGAUAUUAAGAUAUUAACUAUAAAUAAUAUUAGCCCCUAAGAAUUGAUAUUCGUUUCUCCUUACAAAUGGAACCGAAACCCAAUAAGCUGUUGAUCCAAUGACAAGUUACGAUAAUUGCUUAAAAUGUUUGAGGGCUGGCUGUGUAUAGCGCGAGAUGAGAAACUUUAUUGAAAUGUUAACGUUUGAAACGAGCUAUUUUCCAAUUUUCGUUGACAUGGGGGUAGCUGUGAAAGCCUGCACGGGAACUGCUUUUCAGUUUAAUCAAUAUUUUCAUUACCUAUGUAUACUACUCUCUCUUUCAUCCUUAAUCUACAUAUAACUUCUUUUUAUUCCCACUAUGACCUUCUCGCUGGCUAUCCCCAAAGUAUGUAGUUGCAGAAAUCUAUCAAAAAAUUUGCGUUUAUGGUAUGGACAAUCCCAGGAUAUGAGACGGAGUUUUAGUUUGAGAAGAAUCAAUUAUCAUUAGAAAGAAAGAUAUCAUAGCCCAGAACCAUAUGUCAAUGUAUAGCACAGUAACAACUUACAGAUGCCCCCAGAUGACCACAUGGCCAGGGGAUUCACAUUCAUUCUACUCGUACAUACAUAGAUCAAAUAAUACGUAAUACUUACUCUGCAUAUUGUUUAUAACCCAAUUAAAUGGACGCAAUGUGCAAACAUUUAGGGAUCGGUCGUGAGCCCAGAAGCUCUCAAUAAAUACGAUCCCUAAUAGACUAGAACAACUCAAGUGGUCAACCCUAUAGGAACUAAUAA